ACUUUUCAUUUACAUUUAAAUCACUCCAAAAAGCAGAUUCAUAACUAACUCGUAACAAAAAUCACAAUUUUCCCACUAAAAAAUUGUUUUUUUUUUCCCAUUCAUUUUCCAUUUCAAAUACUUGCCACCAAAGAUGUCGAAUUGCUCGUCAAGAAUCGAUCCCACCGAGAUCGAUGAGCGCGAUCAGAUCGAGGACAUGCAUUUGGAAUUGGAACGCCUUCAAUCCAAUGAUAAUGUAACGUGCAAUGAAGAGAAUACAGCAACAACAUAUCAGGAACCAAGUCCAGUGUCAACCGUUCCAGAUGAAGAUUUGGAAUAUCUGCUUGAUAUGCCUUUUCAUUUUCCACUUCCUGGAACAUUAGAUGAACCUAGUCAUCGACGUCGAGCUUCCGCUCCAGCCAGACGUCGUGCUGCAACAAAUGGAAGACAGACAUUUGCCCAUAGAAACCGACAAUUGGACGCGAUUCAUAUAAUGCGAAGAAUAUUCUCUCCACCAAGUGUACCCCGGAGAGCUGGGGCAAGAAAUGAUGAACGAAUGCGUCGUCGUAUGGCCCGAGUGGACAAUCUUCGUCGUCAAUUUGCCAACUCAAUGAAUCGAGUAUUGCGUAGAUUUCCAUUUACAACCACUGGUCUAGCUGGAUAUUUGUAUCGUCUAAGAUAUAGCGACUAAGAACUGAAACACUAUAUAUUCUUAGCCCACAAAAUUAACGAGUGAAUGGAUUUUGGAUUCUUCUUAAUGUUAAAUUUUUAAUUUAAUUGCAUCAAGCUGCAGUCAUUUGACAACGAUUUUGCCAAUUUUGGAUAAGACUAAUCAAACACAAUAUCCUGGAUCACUGCAGAGCUUGACUUUCUAAAUUUGUUGUACAUUUUCUUUAACUAUUAACAUGUCACUCGAUAUAUGUUUAUAAAGAUGGAUGAAAUCCAAAA